AUGUCACCCGGCUGGGUCCCACUCGCUCAUGCUAAGGGCCGGCAGGAGACGGGGGCAGGCGGUGCAGCCCGGAGUCCACGAGCGGCCUCUCGCCUCCUCCCAGCUUCCGGACGACCGGCGUCGGCGUCCCCAGGCCCAGGCCCCCACCGCACACACACCCUGGCGCCUGCUCCCCGGAGGCCACGAGCGGCCCGCGGCCUAGGCCGAUCGCGCGGUCGGCGGAGGAGAGGCCUUCCAGCGGCCGCCCGGUUCGGCUCCGCCUCCCCCCCGCCGCCGCUUGACACAAAGCCGGUGCGGGGCCCAGCUAGGCCGCGAGGCCCUUCCUCACCACCCCGGGCCCCGGAAGGCGGCUUCGCUGGCCCCGGGGACACCACCGAGGCUGCCCGACUCUUCCUCUUGCUGCUCCUCGCGCUGCUCCCGCUCCUGUCGCCUCUGAGCCCACGACCGCGUCGGGAAGCCCGGAAACGGUCGGGCGGCGGCGAGGGCUUCGCUGGAUUCCCUCUUUAUUAUUAUUAUUAUUUUCUUUUUUGCUCUGCCCCCCCCCCCUGGCCGCUCUCCGGCCCGCACCCUGCGCCGACGACACCUCCGCGCCAGGCACUAUGGCGGACGCGGCCUGGCUUCGGGCGAGCGCCCCCACUCCGGGGUCUCUUAAGCAGGGACUGCACGGGCGGCGCGCGCGAGGCGGGGUUUGGGCGUGCGCCGGUGGGCGGGCCGGGGGCGGGGCCGUCUGCGUCACAAAGCGCAGCGGCCCGCCCACGUGACCUGGCGCUUUGUGACUUGCAGCGUGGAACCUGAGGCUACGCGGAGAACAGGAGAAACUACGUGGGUCCGCAGAGAGGGGGAGGCGGACCGUCCCACCGGGCGGGUCUGGAAGGGGCGCUCAAGCGGCCCAAAGUGCAGAGGGGUGAAGAGCUAAUUCUACCUACGCUCGAGUCUCAUCACUGUGAUGGCUGCUGUGCCAGCGCUUACCAACUCCCCUCCUAACAGACUGCCUACCCUGUGCUCCUCCAAAGCUGCGGGUGAGAAUGGACCAUCAUCACCACCAGCAGCAUCUUAAGAGAUGUGUCCGACUCUUACCUUGGGCUAGGCACCGCGCUGACCUCUGUUUGCAAAUUCUGGAGCCCAGUCUUCUAGGUCGAAAGUAACUCCAGUCUCCCUAAGACGCUGUCAGAGAAUAAAUGAUUAAAUCCAUAAAUAUAUUUCCAUAUUUAAGGCCAUGCCUGGCAUAUUUGUACCUCAAUACAGGAGGCUGAAUAAAUGUCAAAUAAGCAACAGCAAAAAAAUAUCUCCAACUUAUAAAGUAGAAACCUAAAGCCGACAGCGGUGCAUUUUUCGAGUUUUCAAAGGGAAUGCUUGCCCCGUUGCAGGGUCUUCAUUCCUUUUUAAAUUACAAAGUCCCUUAGGAGGGUUGACAUUCUUUUUCUCUUGUGGCAUGGGAGACAUUGCAUUUAUAAAUUCAUAAAUAAUAAAAAUUACUCUAAAACCGUA